CGGCGAUUGGCCGGCCAAGGCGCCCGCUCCCAGAAUGCAGCGCAUGGCGCGUCAUUGAAGAGAGACCAUGAUGGCGACGGCGCUGGGGCCCCCUGAAGUGAUCGCUCAGCUGGAGAACGCGGCCAAAGUUCUGAUGGUUAUUUCUGGUUUUUUUGGGCCUUUUUCAUGUGUUAGGACAACUUUCUCAUAAACCUUGAGGUUUUAAGGCACCACCUUCCAUGGUCAAUAAUGAACAGCGACAGCAUGCAGAACAUAUAUUCUUAUCAUUUAGAAAAUCAAAAUCACCCUUCGCAGUUUGCAAGCAUAUUUUGGAGACUAGUAAAGUGGACUAUGUUCUUUUCCAAGCUGCCACCGCCGUAAUGGAGGCAGUCGUCCGGGAGUGGAUUCUUUUGGAAAAAGGCAGCAUUGAGUCCCUGCGAACAUUCCUUUUAACCUAUGUCUUACAGAGGCCCAACCUCCAAAAGUAUGUUCGGGAACAGAUUCUAUUAGCAGUAGCUGUAAUUGUAAAACGAGGAUCAUUAGAUAAAUCAAUUGACUGCAAAAGCAUUUUUCAUGAAGUCAGCCAGUUGAUAAGUAGUGGCAAUCCCACUGUGCAAACACUGGCUUGUUCUAUUCUAACUGCAUUAUUGAGUGAAUUCUCAAGUUCAAGUAAGACUAGCAACAUUGGACUGAGUAUGGAAUUCCAUGGUAACUGCAAAAGAGUUUUUCAGGAAGAAGACCUUCGUCAGAUCUUCAUGUUGACGGUUGAAGUUUUGCAGGAAUUCAGCAGGCGGGAAAACCUCAGUGCACAGAUGUCCUCGGUGUUUCAGCGCUACCUUGCACUUGCCAAUCAAGUCUUGAGCUGGAACUUUCUUCCUCCAAAUUUGGGCAGACAUUAUAUAGCUAUGUUUGAAUCCUCACAAAAUGUGUUGUUGAAGCCAACAGAGUCCUGGCGGGAGACUCUUCUGGACAGCAGAGUUAUGGAACUUUUCUUCACAGUACAUCGAAAAAUCAGAGAAGAUUCAGAUAUGGCACAAGAUUCUCUGCAGUGCCUUGCCCAGUUAGCGUCUCUGCAUGGACCUGUCUUCCCCGAUGAAGGAUCCCAAGUUGAUUAUCUAGCACACUUCAUUGAGGGGUUACUGAAUACUAUCAAUGGAAUUGAAAUUGAAGAUUCUGAAGCUGUGGGAAUCUCCAGCAUUAUCAGCAACCUGAUAACCGUGUUCCCUCGAAACGUUUUAACUGCCAUUCCUAGUGAACUUUUCUCCUCCUUUGUGAAUUGCCUCACACAUCUCACUUGUUCUUUUGGGCGAAGUGCUGCACUGGAAGAAGUGCUUGAUAAAGAUGACAUGGUAUACAUGGAAGCAUAUGAUAAAUUGCUGGAGUCAUGGCUAACUUUGGUCCAAGAUGAUAAACAUUUCCAUAAAGGCUUUUUUACUCAACAUGCAGUUCAAGUUUUCAAUUCCUAUAUCCAGUGCCAUCUAGCUGCACCAGAUGGCACAAGGAACUUGACUGCCAAUGGUGUAGCCUCUCGUGAGGAAGAAGAAAUAAGUGAACUUCAAGAAGAUGACCGAGACCAGUUUUCUGAUCAACUAGCCAGUGUAGGAAUGCUAGGAAGGAUUGCUGCAGAACACUGUAUACCUCUUCUGACAAGUUUAUUAGAAGAAAGAGUAACAAGACUUCAUGGUCAGUUACAACGACAUCAGCAACAGUUACUUGCUUCUCCUAGUUCAAGCAGCAUUGACAACAAAAUGCUUGAUGAUCUUUACGAAGAUAUUCACUGGCUUAUUUUAGUUACAGGCUACCUCUUAGCUGAUGAUACUCAGGGAGAGACUCCGCUAAUACCUCCAGAAAUAAUGGAAUAUUCCAUUAAGUAUUCAUCUGAAGUUGACAUUAAUACAACACUUCAAAUUUUGGGAUCUCCAGGAGAAAAAGCUUCUUCCAUCCCAGGGUACAACAGAACAGAUUCUGUGAUUAGGCUGUUAUCUGCUGUUCUGAGAGUUUCAGAAGUUGAAUCUCGAGCAAUAAGAGCAGAUCUUACUCAUCUACUAAGCCCUCAAAUGGGCAAAGAUAUUGUUUGGUUUCUAAAACGCUGGGCCAAGACUUACCUCCUUGUGGAUGAAAAACUGUAUGAUCAGAUAAGCCUGCCAUUCAGUACAGCAUUUGGACCAGACACAGAGGGUUCUCAGUGGAUUAUUGGCUACCUCUUACAAAAAGUCAUUAGUAACCUCUCAGUCUGGAGUAGUGAGCAGGACCUUGCAAACGAUACUGUGCAACUCCUUGUCACUUUGGUGGAAAGAAGAGAAAGGGCAAACUUAGUAAUUCAGUGUGAAAAUUGGUGGAACCUAGCUAAACAGUUUGCAAGCCGAAGCCCACCUCUUAAUUUCCUGUCUAGUCCUGUGCAGAGGACGUUGAUGAAGGCUCUAGUCUUAGGAGGCUUUGCACAUAUGGACACAGAAACCAAACAACAGUAUUGGACAGAGGUUCUACAGCCACUUCAGCAACGAUUCUUAAGAGUGAUAAACCAAGAAAACUUUCAGCAAAUGUGCCAGCAGGAGGAGGUCAAGCAGGAGAUCACUGCCACACUGGAGGCCCUGUGUGGCAUUGCUGAAGCUACCCAGAUUGACAAUGUGGCCAUUCUUUUUAAUUUUUUAAUGGACUUCCUUACCAAUUGCAUUGGGUUGAUGGAAGUUUACAAAAAUACUCCAGAGACUGUCAAUCUCAUUAUAGAAGUUUUUGUUGAAGUUGCACAUAAACAGAUAUGCUAUCUUGGAGAGUCCAAAGCUAUGAACUUAUAUGAAGCCUGCCUUACUUUGUUACAAGUAUAUUCUAAGAAUAACUUAGGACGGCAAAGAAUAGAUGUUACAGCUGAAGAAGAACAAUAUCAAGACCUGCUUCUCAUUAUGGAACUUCUUACUAACCUUCUGUCAAAAGAAUUCAUAGAUUUCAGUGAUACAGACGAAGUGUUCCGAGGACAUGAGCCAGGUCAAGCAGCAAACAGAUCUGUGUCUGCAGCUGAUGUUGUUUUAUAUGGCGUGAAUCUUAUUCUGCCCUUGAUGUCUCAAGAUCUUUUGAAGUUUCCAACCCUUUGUAACCAGUACUACAAAUUAAUCACAUUUAUCUGUGAGAUUUUUCCUGAAAAAAUACCACAGCUUCCUGAGGAUCUGUUUAAAAGUCUGAUGUACUCCCUGGAACUGGGAAUGACAUCAAUGAGCUCAGAGGUUUGCCAGCUCUGCCUGGAGGCGUUGACACCUUUAGCAGAACAGUGUGCAAAAGCACAAGAAACAGACUCACCACUUUUUCUAGCAACUCGGCACUUUCUUAAGCUGGUUUUUGAUAUGCUGGUUUUGCAAAAGCACAACACAGAGAUGACCACUGCAGCUGGCGAAGCUUUCUACACGUUGGUGUGUUUGCACCAGGCUGAAUAUUCUGAACUGGUGGAGACAUUGCUGUCAAGUCAGCAAGACCCCGUAAUUUACCAGAGGUUAGCAGAUGCCUUCAAUAAACUCACUGCAAGCAGCACUCCUCCUACGCUGGAUCGGAAGCAGAAGAUGGCCUUCCUAAAAAGUUUAGAAGAAUUUAUGGCUAAUGUUGGUGGUCUCCUUUGUGUAAAAUAAACAACCAAACUGUAUGCUUAAUUUAGAUCCUUUCCGCAGAGUGCACUGAAUUGCUGAAAGUUGACUUGAGUCUUGUCCUGUUCCUCAGUUCAUUUGGACAUUAUGGAUUUUGGAGAGCCUCAAACUUUGACACACAAUGCAAUGAAACAGGAGAGGUCAACUUUGAAUCAGCUUCUGCUGUUAGGUGUUAGCCACGGUCUGCCAUAUACAUUGUCUUCUAGAUUUUGAAUGGAUUUGAAAAUUUGAAGAUGCAAUUUCAUGUAUGUGCAAAUAGAUAUGAGCACAUAUUCAAUGCCUUUUCCCCUUUGAUCAAAACUUAGAUGGCUAGCCAAAGUUUAGAACUUGUGCUGUUAAAUAUUAGAUGGUCAUGUACUAGGCAAUGUUUCUCAAAAUGUUGCCCAUAGACCACCUUUGUCCCUUGAGGAGCUAAUUUUAAAAGUUGAUUCUUGGGCGCCAUCAUAGACCUUCAGUCAGAACCUCUGGUUAUUGGACCCUGGAGUCUAUUUUAGUCCCUCCCCUCCAUCACCCUGUAAGUUCUGAAUCAAUGCAAGAGACAUUGGGAAACCUUAAGAGGUUUUGUGCUUUGUAGUUUUUCCUCCCUAAUAAUUAAGUUUGUCAUUUAGCAGAAAGAAAAGCCGUCACCAAGUAUUUGUUAGCUUCUUUUCAGUUUAUACCCUUCCUUCCACCCUCUCUCCCCUCUCUGUCUCUCCUCCUCUACCCCUUUCUCUUUCCAUCCUGGUGUUGCAGGUUUUGUGUAAUUAAUACACAUCUCUAAUCGUACUCUGAUGCCUAAACUUGAGGAAAACACGUGUAUAUUUUUGUUCCAUAAACAGAACUUUAGGAACUGUAGCCAUUUCAUUGCCUUAAUUUUAAGAGGGAAAUUCAAAAAAAAUGACAGAUUUGUUUUAGUAAGAAAUCUAUCAAGUCUUGAUGCUUCAGAGUUGGCUUAGGGUGUUAGCUGCUAUGAACCUGUUGCCCCUUUUGAUCAUGUAUUUAUGUGAGUUUACAAGUGAGAUGAAAAGCGCAUUCCUGUGUAGUUAACUGUCUGAGCGCAUUUCAAUCGAGCUACACAGCCCAUAUCUACUCUGAAUGGCUUGCUUAAGCAAUAACUUUUUAAGGAUGUGAAUUCUGAUUCACACAGACUAUUGCACAUUGGGGCAUUAGGGGCAAUAAUUGUGUUAAAGUGGGAGUUAUCCUCACGUCACGGGAGCCACACAAAUUUAAUUUUAGAAGUUAAACUUUUUAUUUUAGAUUCUCUAGCUCAGUCUUUCUAAUCAGGAUUUUUAUACUGCUGCCAGAUCCUCUUAAUUCUUUGUGCCAGCUUAGAUUAUGGAAUCAAAAGCUGACUUAUAAGCUGCAGGCAUAGAAAACUAUCCAGUGCAAUCCUGGAGUCCACAGCACAAUGAGGUCGAGGACUCCAGCACAGGUGCAUCUGAUACUCUGCUGCAGAGCUCAGGCUUCCCCCUUCCACACGUGCUCGGCCCUGUCUGCUACACCAGCCUGUGAGCUGUUUUAUAUCUGGAUUGCACACGGCAUAUGCAUCUUCACAUAGGGCACUCUGCAGAGCUUUGUCUAACUCUGUGCUGUAAUAGUUACAGUUAACAAAGCUGGAGUGUCUGAAUACAUCCACCCUGUGUAUGUGACGUUAGAUAGCGAAUGCCAGGCUAUGGCAGUCACUUUUUGAGAAUCAUUUCUUUGAAUUUUUGUCACCAUUGAGUGACAUUAAAUGUGGAUCCUGAGCUUCUUAAAGGACUUUGAAGAACACCAGGAAUACGUAUCUUUGUAUUUUGAAAAGUACUUUGAUCCAUUUCUUUUUAGGCUUUUUCCUUAAAGAAUUUGAAAUGGUAGGCAGCAGUGAUCACUUUUUGUUGUUCCUGAUACUUUGUGCUUCAAGGCUCCCUCAAGCUUCCACAGCAAUUGUGAGGUAUAUGUUUCUGUGUGCGUGUGAUAAGUACAGUCCCUGAGACACACAACUUGAGUGGGUAGGUACCCUGGCCCAGGACACAGCUAUAAUUAGGUUAUUAUUACAAGUAACAACGAGUGGGGAAAGAAUGCCUUGUUAGUAAGGAGGCUCCAUAUUCAACAAUUCCUCUCCAUGAAAUAUAUUUGCUAAAUCUGCCCAGAUCCUAUUAUAGCACUGAAAUUUUAUUAGACCAGUUUUAUUGAAGACAGUAUUUACUUCAGAUCGGACCAAAUACUGCUGAAGAGAUGACCGGAAUGUCAGUUAGUGGCAAACCAAGGGGGAGAAGAGGAGAGCGCUCCAUGUUGUAGGACAUGGCGUGCCACUUAAUUGUACCAUUUAGAUUCUUCAGGGUGUUUAUGGUUUUGUUUGCCUGAUUGGCCAUUUGUUUGGGUCUUCUUUUACUUUAUCCAGUUUUGUCUUUAGCUUUGUUUAUUAGAUCUUCAGGUUUUUUUAUUUUCAUUAACUUUGGUCCAGUGAAUUUUGAGAACACUGGCUUGAUUCUAAUAAAUUGGUUUUUCCAAUUAAAACUGACUGUUAAGUUGUUAAAAGAUUUUUAAAAACAUUAUUUGUGGCCUUUUUAUAUAUGCUAAAGGGACACUGUCAGGUCUUUGAUUUUAAACUUUUCGUUGUUCACACAGUACUCUUUCCACACGUCUUUGUUUUAUUUAUGUCUCAUUUUAUGUUCCUUGUCCUGUUUGUUGCCCAGUGUGUAAUCACUAAAAGCUGUGCUCACAGUUCGUGUUAAUGUGGCGCACCUGUAGCUGUGUUCUUGCGUCGAUGUUGAAAGGGGUGACACUGACUUGGCUGUGUUUUCACAGUGUCCUUUUCAGCACAGUUACAUGGGUCUCUGCCAGCUUCUCUCACUGUUAGAAGGCAGCAGCCUGUUAACAUUACUGCGCUGGAUGUUUGUUGAUGUACAAUGUGAUAUUUUAUGUAAACCAACUUUGCAAUUCCUUAAGCUAAUUUUAAGAAUUCAAUCUUAUUAUAAGCUGUGUACCUAAUUUUAUUGCAUUACUUUGUUCAGAUGUGAUGGUUAGUAUUUUUUCACAAUUCAUUUCAAAUCCAUGUAUCUAUAUAAUUUCCCCCCUUGUCAGCAUCAUUUAACUGUCCCCUUAAUGGUUGGAUUUUUCUCUUUCAUUGAAAAUGUCAAGUCUUUAUUCUGACAUCACCAAAUUUCCCAUUUCUGUUAAUGCUUCUGUGUACCUCUCAAAUAUUGAAAGGAAACUAGCUGUCAGCUUCAAGGAUAUCAAGUUUGAGUCUCCUAGUGUACAGUGUUGAUUCAACCCUGAAAAUACUAUUUUUCUGUAUUAUAAUUUUACUUGUGUUCUGUUUGCCACCUCUGUCGCUAGAGGUAGUUGUCAUUAGACCUUACUAAGUUGAUUGUCUCUGACGGGUAAUUGUCAUCAUUGGUUCCUAAAUAAAACAUUCACCUUUUAAGGCAGAAGGAACCUAAGUACUUCCUAGGAUUUGGUUUUGUUUUUAAGCCAGAGAGUAAGGAACUGUUUUGAAAUGAGGUUUCAACAAAACUUUCUGUAAAAUUUUCUACAAAACAACAUAGAUGACUUGAAGAUAUAAUAAUGUUUUAAAUUAUUUUUAAAUAUAAGUGAAUUCUCAGACUUGGUAACUAUUCUGAAUAUACUUCAUUUAAGAAUUCUUUAAAAUUUUUCUAAAAUUCAAAAAUGUCCAAAUUAGGCAUAUUACUGAGCUUAAAUUUAUUUGAAGUGCCAUGGUUCAAGUUGAACUUUAAACAUUUCAAUUUAGGUGUAAAUAAUGUGAUAUAUGCCUCAUUGAUGAUAAUGGGAACCCAUGACAUAUUUAACCAAAGAAUAUAUUUGGUUCAGGUGAAGAUAGAAGCUUAAUAAUGGGCAUCCAUUUCUAUUUUAAAGAGCACUUAGAGAAGAAAUCUGUUUCUGGCCUGAAGUGCUCUAUGUGGAAAUCUUCAUAAAGACCAAAUACCCCAAGCCAGCUCCGCAGAGAUCCCUGACCUGGGAGGGUAGCUUGUGCUUUACACCUUCAGAGAGGCUCCCUCCCAUGCCACCUCUCCUUUCUCGCCCAUGUGGCUUUCUCUUCACCUGUCCCCAGGCUUCCCAAGUCUGUGUCUGAGGCUUGUUGGCUAUCGGGCACUGCCAGGUGUGUGCUCACAACUGACGCUCCUAGUCUGAAGUUCAGCACCACAUCUGCACUAUGUACCUACUGGGGAUCUGACCUCAAGUGUGCUCUGAGUCCAGGCUGUGUGGUGUGGAGUCUUCUACCACAGAAUUACUAUGACAGAUUGCAAAUGUUCGUAUUGUGAUUUGGUUAUCUGUACAAAGAAGCUUUCUACGCAGUGAGUUUGUGGUUUAAUGGUCACAAAAUGUUAGCACUGCUACAAUUCAGUGCAUGUAAAUUUUUUAAAUUUAUAAAUAUUAAAAUUUGAAACUUACACUAAGACUUUUCAGUUUUUUUAAGAGACCCAGGGAUGAGUGUACUAUUUAAAUAUUUACCUCUAUUAACAUAACUAAUAAAGUUAUAAAGUUCCAAGAGAUGCUGCAAUAUCCUUUUAGGAAAUAAGGAUUGUGUUGAGCCACUUACAAGCUGAAUAUCAAACUGAUAAAUUUUUAUUUGUAUUUUUAAAAUCCAUACAUGGGAGUUGAAAUGUGUCUUUUCACUAAAUAUUUUAUUACA